GUGCGUCACGGCGGGCGCGCGCCUGCGCCGGGGCGGCGGAUUCGAAGCGGUGCCGUGCUGUGACGGGCGGGAUGAGGCGCGGCGCUCCCCGCGGCACCCUGCGCGGCGUCCUGAGGAGCCACAAGCCCCAGCUGCGCCUGGCCGCCGGCGGAGACCUGCUGAUACAUUUGAACUUCUUAAUGUUUCUCCAUCGGCUAGCAGAAGAAGCCAGGACAAAUGCUUUUGAGAACAAAAGUAAAACAAUUAAACCUGAGCAUACUAUAGCUGCAGCAAAGGUUAUUUUGAAGAGAAGCAGAGGCUAGAAAACAGAGCAAUGGAAUUUCAAAGCAUGUUUCUCUGUGUUUUCUUACUCACUUUUGAGAUCCUGUGAGUCAGCUUUGCGCUUCUGGAAGUACUUAGCUUUACUGAUGUCUGUCUCCUGACUCUAAAUAUCUUGCUGCUUUUUUUUUAAAAAAAAAAAUAAUUAUGUGCACACACAAUGUAAUGCGUUCACACACUUCAUGCAUAAUUUUAAAAUGUCACCUAUAAGUGAUAGUAAAUUGUCAUUUAAGACUUUUUUUGUAGCUUAUUUCUUCCAUAAUAAUGGAAGAAUGCCUGUACCAUACUCACUCUUCAAGUACAGUGUGUAACUUUUAAUCAGAAGUGUAAAACUUUGUAAUGGGAGCAGUAAUAAAAAUGCAGGUUUCACUAAUUCCAUUAUAGGUUAUGCAAUUCAGAGCAGAUUUUACUAGCUAAACGAAAUCUUGGCUUUCAAAAUAACUGCUGUAGAAGCUAGUAAAGUACCUUGGCUUUGUUUUAUUUAUAAAUGUCUUAAUAUUUUUAAAUGACUUUGAAUCGUAGGCUAAUGCUUCUGGGCUGUGCAGGAAGAACACAUUUUGUAUUUAGAAAUCGUGCUUUGAAAUGUUAAAGCUGGUCUAUUUUUUGAUGUGCUAUGUGAGACAAGUUGGUCUCUGAUUUAGUUGCUGUGGACAGAUGCAUGUUGGGGGGGGGGGUAAGGGGAAUAUCAGGCACAACUGAUGUUUUUGAAGUUAGACCCUGUACAAACAGUGAAGAUAAGUUGACAUGAAUGCUGAACCUUCCCACUUUUAAAUGUCAUCCUAACUUGUCAGAAGUCUGGAAAUGUGCAUUAUAUAAAAAUAUAUUUUUUAAUUAAAAUCCAUAUGCUAUUCUUGAUUUGAUAUUUUAAAACAGUUUUUGAACACUUUGCUUAGUUAAUCUUUUUAUAAAGAUAGUUGAAUCUUGCUGUUUGAGCUGAUAAUACUGUUUUGUAGGUAAUAUGCAGUGAGCUAUUCUCCAAAUAAAGAUUUUUUUUCAAUGUUA